GCAGAGAUGGACCUCGAGGAACGGAGUCCUACAGAUCUGGACGAGGAGAACGGUAACCCGACGUUGCCGGAUCUCUUCAAGCUGUGUUCGGGCACGCACCGUGCAUUCAGCAAUGUUCUGAAGGAUGCGAAGGAGGCCAAGCCCAUGGCCCAGUAG